AUGUCUACCAUUGUAACAAUAGAUCCAUCACAUACAUACUCCAUCAGUCCACCUUCAUCAACCACAUGUUCAUCACGUUCCUCCUCACCAGUAGCUUCAUUUUAUCAAAAUUCAUCUACAACAACAUCUGCAUCAUCAUCAACUGAUUCUUUGGAUACUGUCAAGUCAACUACUUCGACUUCAACAAUUAAAUUGUUGCCACCUUCGUCGUCUGAAUCAAUUACUAUCCCAAUACUGCGCACUCCAACACCAUCCUCAUUGCUGCUGUUGCUGCAACAAUCGCAACAGUCACAACAGCAACCACAGGCAUCACAAUCAAAGUUUAAGCUUCCAAACUAUUAUGUACCACCAGCUAAACUUGUUCAUCCCACCAUUGCUGUAACUUCACCACCACCACAAACACCAUCAACUACAAAUGCAUCUACAUCCACAUCUACAUUGCAGCUGGCUGCUUCACUUACAGUUAAACCACCAUUGUUACGCAAGAAAUCAGGUGAAUUGAUUAAAUCAUCACUUAAACUACCAGGAUUACUCCAACGUUCCGUCUCCUCACCACAUAUAUCAAGUGAUAAUGAACUAGGCGGGAUUGUUUCCCCUCGCAAACUGGUUAGAUUUGCAUCAAGAUUAAUCAAUGUCCGUAUGUUUGAUGGCUGUGAUACACCUGCUUCUGUAUCCAGUGCUGGUUCACCCAUUGAUUCGCCAGAGGAAGGUGAAGCAGAGCAGGAUUACUUUUACAAAUUUGGUAAACAAUCAACUGGGGCAACAGCCAGUGAUGGGCUCUUUGAUUUAUCAGUUCCUGCUUUUGAAGAUUUUGAGUUUAGUAAAUUUACCAACAAGACCACCAAUUUUGACUGGAAUUUCAAUUUUUCCAAACCAAAGGAUGAAGUUAAGGAGUAUAGGUUGACAUCACACAAUAUCCCAUCUACCAACAUCACUACCAACACCACCACCACUACCACCACCAGUAAGACAAAUUCUUCUUCCAAUGAAAAGAUUUGGAUGACUUCAGCAUACUUGUUGAAGGUGAACAACAAGACAUACUUAUGUGGAUGGUUAAAUGUGGUGAAUAUAGCAUUUAGCAAGGAAAUCAAUUUGAAAUUGACAAUUGACAAUUGGGCGUCGAGCAUCAUUGUUGGCGGCAUCACCAAGUAUCAAAAAAGCCUUGACUCGGUAUUGGAUCAAUUCAAAUUUAUGUUGGAUCUUGAACUGUUUAACAUCACUACUGAAAAGACCAUUGAAUUGUGUCUUGAAUAUAAUACUAAUGGACAAACAUAUUGGGGUAACAAUAUGCACCAGAAUUACAAGUUCAACAUUGAACGCAAAAUUCAGAAACCAGUAGGUAAUAAUGCAUCGCAAACUGGUGCUCAGCAAAAACAAAGACUGAGACUGAAACUGGCCCUGGGUCUGGGUCUGGCACUUAACAACCAUAAGCAAUCUAUUAAUUCAUCAGGAUAUGAAGAGAUUUGUACCAAAUUAGUCAAUCAUAAAUCAACCUUGGCUUUGAAUUUCGCCAAUGAUGAAUUUUCCUUUAGACCCAGUUUGAAAAAGAGUUUUUCUGCUAGUGAUAUAGCUAGUAGCAAUACGGGGGCAACUAGUACCAGUUAUGGAACACCAAGGUAUUCCAAUAGACAACGUCAAAAGGAGAAUAACAACAACAACAAAAAGCAAGGUAGAGGAGCUAUGGAUAGUACACCUAGCUCCAAUGGUGGAGGAAUCAAAGAUAUGACCUAUGCUGAUAUUUUGCAAAAGUAUUGUUUUGCCGGAACUCCCCCCGCCGCGACUCACACUACGGCGACAAAUGUGUCUGCUGCCAGUGUAACGUCUAGUGCACCAACUAGUUCACAUUCUAGUCCAUUGUUAAGACCUUCAUCUCCAUCUUCAUCCUCGUCUUGUCCUUCACCUCCAGUCGCUGCUAUUGCCGCACCCACUCAAACAAGCAUUUACAUCUAG